AUGAAUCUGACAGAAGAAUACCAAAGAGCACGCGAUUAUAUUCAAAACGAUUUUAAACCAUCCGGAAGUUGGAGUUUAUUCGAAUUUCUCAUUCGGUUCGUUGGUGGAUUUGUUUCUAUGUACGAAUUAUCUCUUGACAAGCUCUAUUUAGACAAAGCUGUCGAAUGUGCCGACGCCGUCUAUCCUCUUAUGGAAUCAGGCAUUUUUGGCGGCGGUGUUAAACUAGGAAUCGAUCAGAAUGGGAAAAUUAAAGCAUCGUACAGUUCAGGCGGCGGUAGAUCUGUUGCUGAUUCAAAUACUUACCAACUUGAGUUCAUUUCUCUUUCAAUGCUCACUGGAGAUCCCAAGUACAUUGACUUAGCAAUGAAAACAUACAAAAAUAUGUGGGAACGCUACAAAAACAGAGGAUUAAUUUCAGAUAGUUUCAGCGGAAGCAAUCUCCACGUUGGAGGAGGUAUAGAUUCAUACUACGAAUAUAUCAUAAAGAUAUACGUGAUGACACGAGGCGUUGCCCGGCCAUUCCUCGACAAAUAUCUACAAAUUGUCAAAGAUAUCAAGGAAAAGAUCGUCGUCCACUCAAAGAAGUCGAACUACACUGGCCUCGGCGUGUACUCAGGCGGUUCAGUCAAUCCGAUGCAGGAGCACCUCGGCACAUUCGCCGGCGGAAUGAUUGCGGUCGGAACUGUAAAAGAGAAUCCGCACGCAGCUGAAGACUUGCAGCUCGCGGACGAUCUAACAACAGGGUACGCGAAGGCUUACGAGUUCACGCAGACAGGCGUAGGGCCAGAGCGCGUGAGGUUUUCGAACAAAGAAGGGAAAGAUUUCGAGAUAGAAAAUCCAGUUUACAUGCUGAGGCCGGAAUCAUGCGAGAGUGUUUACGUGAUGUGGAAAUUCACUGGACUUCCAAAAUUUAGGAUGUACGCUUGGAACAUGUUCUCUGGAAUAAAUAAAUACGCAAGGAAGAGCAAGGGAUUCGGACAUAUAAGGGAUGUUAACAAUGCAAAUGACACUCGCUCCUACGGCAACCAGGAAAGUUUCUUCUUCGCAGAGACAUUGAAAUACCUUUACCUGACAUUUGCUGAUACUUCACUCAUUUCGCCCGCUCAAUGGGUGUUCAACACAGAAGGACACCCACUCAGGCACUUCACAGAAGAAGAAGUGCAGAAAUGGAAGGACAAACUUAACUUCAAAUAA